AUGGAGGAGCAUCAAUCUGAAGGGCAUCCAGUAAGUGGCAAUGAAGAGGAAUUGGAGCAGCCUACCAAUGAUGUAGAGAAAAAUGCUGAGGAACAGCAGACUGAUGAACCAUCUACCAGGAAGUCACCAAGGAUAAGGUCUAGUGUCCAGGGUACUGCACCAACUACUCAGUGCAGUGAAAAAAGAAAGCAUCCAGAAAAUGAACAACCAGAGACCCAAACUGCUGUUGAACCAACUCCCGUGCCCAAGUUCAUCGAUGAUAAAGCCAGGGAGAGAAGGUCAGCCUCUAUGCAUACUUCAUCCAACCCUGAGGUCAUCUCUCUGUUUGAUGACCUCAAACAACAUAUCCUACUUCUUGAAGAUGGCUUGAUGAUGACCAUGACUUCUGAGCAACAAGCCACCUUCGUUGCCAAAAGGAAUCUGCUUGUACUUCCCAUUCCUCCAGAAAAUGAAAAUGCACACCGAAAGAAGCUUAGAACUGAGCCAACCACUGAGACUACCCCAGAGUACCGUGCCUCCAGUUCUCAACCACAGGACAAGGAAAAAGCUCCAGCAACUGAAGAAGAGACUGAAGAGGAUGAUGAUGAUGAGGAUGAGGACACUGAGGAAGAAGACCCUGCCCAGUUUCGCCUAGUUAGAAGAAGGCCUGGAUCCUCUAAGAUCAGCAUAUAG